AUGAACCCUGCUACUUCCCUACCAUAUUCCCUGCCACCAGCUCCGAAAUAUGAAAAACAAUCCCAUAACCCAAAACUCGACGGAACCAACUAUGCUAGCUGGAAGGACCAUGUUACCGCGUUCUUCUAUGCUCAAGACCUUGGCUCUAUUCUUGAACCUGCACCUCCCGUUGCUGGUGCUGCUGCCUCUGCUUCAGCCUCUGAUGCGGAUAAGGGUCCUAACCCUGCCGAGUCGCUGUUCUCGGGGCUAUCGAAGACCGCCCAGAUGCAAAGCGACACCAAGGCCUACGGACUCAUCUUCUUUUUUGACCAUCAACCGUCAUAA